AUGUCUGCCCUGCUGCAAAAAUAUCCUAACAAGCAGAAUUCCGUGUCCGAUGAUAUUGAGUCGAUCGUCUUAGUCGCAGAGUGGAUGGCAUUGAAGUACCAUCGCCACAACCUCGACAAGGAUGAACUUCAAAACUAUGUUAGCAACUUUUAUGACUGGCGCGUGAAGAAGCAAGGGCAUGACGUCGGCGGCGGGGAGAAAUUCAAACAAUGGACGACUGGUCAGCGAUCAUGGAGUUUAAAGGACGAACAAUCUCUUUUUGGCAGAUUUCUUGACAGCCUCCUCAAGCUCGUGAAGGAGCAUUACGAUGCGUUCGACACGCGCGAGCUAGAGCAACAGGAGCCGGAUGAACAGCCGCAACUUGAGGUUGAAGAGUACUCCAUUCCCAGGAGAUCACGCGCGAAGUUGCAACAGAGCAGGGGAAAGAAGGAUUCGCAAGAUGCCGCGAUUGCAAGUUCCUCUAAUGCACAUCCUUUGCAGGAUAGCCAUGCGGCUGUACUUCAGGACGUCACAGAACGUGCUGCUGCCGUCAAUGUUGCGGCACUGUCUAUUUCCAAUGCCACGGCUUCGACUAGCGCGUCAACUCACGAGACAGACGGGUACCCUCAACUGACACUGAACACACACACGGCUAUCAUCUCUCUUUGUGAGGAAUUCCUUGACGAAAUACAGGACAACGCCCCACAGACGAUUGACAAGAUGAAAGAAGACCAAUUCAAAGCAUUCAGUCAGUCGAUGCAACGGCAGUACAGGGUACUGGGUUCGAAAAGUAAACGUGAAUCAGAGCAGGCAAGGGAGCUCAAUCCGGAAGAGCAGGCAGGGGCUCAGGAGCCGCUGCAAAAGAGGUGUCUUCAGCUUGUUUAG